AUGUGUCAGUUCAAGAACUUACUACCUGCUAAUGGGGCAUGGAAACAAGAUGUUUCCAAUUGGCUUCAAGAAGAUGUGCCAUCAUUUGAUUUCGGAGGUUUUGUUGUAGGCUCCGACGCGAAAACUGCUACCCUACUGUGCAAGCAGGAAGGCGUGUUAAGUGGCGUACCCUUCGCUGAAGAGGUUUUCAAACAGUGUAAUCUAGACGUGGAGUGGUUUUUUUCUGAAGGUGAGCUUCUUGAUCCCAGUUCGGAGGAAAAUGGGAAAUUGCCAGUGGCCCGGGUUUCAGGAGAGGCCAAAAACAUACUUUUAGCUGAGCGUACAGCACUCAAUUUACUAAGCAGAAGCUCUGGAAUUGCAACUUCUUCCAAAAAGCUUGUCCAACUUGCCAAGGCUGCUUCCUAUAGUGGAAUAAUUGCAGGAACUAGAAAGACAACCCCAGGUCUUCGUCGCUUGGAGAAGUAUUCCAUGUUAGUAGGUGGAUGUGAUAUGCAUAGAUAUGACCUUUCAUCUAUGGUUAUGCUCAAGGAUAAUCACAUUUGGUCAACAGGAUCUAUCACAAACGCAGUACGUAACGCCAGAAAAGCUUGUGGAUUUUCGAUGAAAAUUGAAGUAGAAUGUCAGUCCGAGGAGGAAGCUGACGAAGCAAUUGAGGCAGGUGCUGAUGUAAUUAUGCUAGACAACUUUACUGGUAAUUCAUUGAAGAUCGUUGCUCAAAGCUUAAAGAAGAAAUGGGCAGGCAAGAAGCACUUUCUUUUGGAGUGCAGCGGUGGUUUGAAGUUAGAAAACCUAUCAGAAUAUUUGUGUCAAGAGAUUGACAUUUACAGCACCAGUAGCAUCCACCAGGGUGUUGAUGUGAUCGAUUUUUCACUCAAAAUCGACCACUAG